AUGGCAGGUAAAGGUAAAAAGAAGAAAUCGAAAAAUGGUAAUUCAAACGGAGAUAAAAACAAAAAGAAAGGAGGGAAACCGAAAAAAUCAGGAGGUAGAAAGGGUAGAUCGAAAAGCGGAAGAUGCAACGUUGAUAUAUUCACGGAGGCAGCUAUGGAAAAUGCAUAUACCACUUGUCACAGCGUUCAGGAUCUUUUGAAAUGGAGAGGAUUUCCUUGGCCUGAUGCUCAGAAGAAAAAGAAAAAAGGGAAGAAGUAAUUGUGACUGGGUUCCUGAAAACGGAGUUGAACAUUUUGCUGAACGACACACACAAAUGUGUAAGCCUUUUGAACCUUAUCAAGCAACUUUUUUUAUUUAAUCUGAUAUUCGAUUAGGACAUGU